UAAACCCAGCUGGCCCGUUCAUUCAUACUUCAUUCCGUUUUCUACCACGGAACUGAAAACUAGAACAAUGCUGGUAAUAAACGUCAUGAGCUGUCUCUUGCCAUUGGCCAUGGGGCUAAGAAUAGAACGGUCGUCCGGCACGUUAGUUGAUUUUACUGAUCCCAAAGUUCAAGGUCACCUGGAUGCUCUGGUCCGCAUGGCACAGUCCUGCGUCAUAAAAGUCCGAGCAACUCCUAAGGAUGUGAGAGCAUACUUCACCAACUCCUCACCAGUCGCCAGGUCUGGGCAGUGCUUUGCUGCCUGCAUGUUGGAACAGAGUGACGUCAUCAAUCAUGGGAAGGUGAACAGAGACCUACUAGUCCACCUCGCAAGCCUGGUCAAUGGCAAGAGCUCCCGCGUGGUUCGCAAGCUCAACACCGUCUCCCGACUGUGCCUGGACAGUAUCGACGGCAUGUCGGACAGAUGUCAGCUGGCUUCGACCUAUAAUGACUGUCUCAAUGAGAACAUGAUUGAAUUCGCUUUCCCCUUGGACAUAGCUGAGGAAGCUGUCAGGAAAAUGCCUUUCCAUCUCAUACAACCGAAUUUACCACAAGAGAUAAGAGCGACCCCAUACUAAGAAAACAGCUAAGUAAACAUUAUAAGUAUCAAUUAUUAAGUAGACUUAUUCAAUUUUAUAUUUUUAUAAAUUCUUGAUAAGUGC